AUGGAAAUUAUAAAAGAAAAGUUUGGUAUCCAGAAUAAUUUGGGUUUAUUUGUUGCUUCUUGCAUUCAAAUAGAAUUAGAAGGGGGAAAUAAAUCGGUUAAAAUUAAAAAUCAAAAAGAAAUGCAUUUAGAUUAUUUGGUUAAUUUAUUUGUUAAAUAUGAGGAUAGCGAGAUGAGACAAUUAAUGGAUAAAGAGGAUAUUGAGAGAUUUGUUCAACUAAAGAAUUUUGUUAAGAAUAGUAAAGGUAAAAUGUUCACAUUAUAA